AUGUCAUCCAGACGUGAAUUUCCUUCGAAUGCCAGUGUGGAAAUGUUCCUCAACGUACUGAACUCCUCCUCCACCUCACCAUCUCAGUCUUGCAGCAUAGACGAGUCCUACAAGUACAUCUUCCUUCCCAUUUGUUACUCCUUCACAUUCAUCUUCAGCAUCUCCCUUAACUCGGUCGUCCUCUACCGUUCUUUUCGCCAGACCAAGCGCUGGAAUGCCUCUUUGAUAUACAUGGUCAACUUGGCCUCUACAGACUUCAUGUACGGCCUGUCUCUGCCAUUUCUCGUGGGAAGUUACAUCAUGCGUGACCGCUGGAUCUUCGGGGACUUCAUGUGCCGGCUGGUUCGUUUUCUCUUCUACUUUAACCUCUACUGCUCCAUCUUCUUCCUCACUUGCAUCUCUGUGCAUAGAUACCUUGGUAUUUGCCACCCAAUGAAAGUGAUCACACUGGAAUCCAAGAAGGCUGUCAAGUGCACUUGUGUCCUUGUUUGGAUUGUAGUAUUCGCUUUGACGUGCCCGAUCUUCCGUUUUGCUCAGACUGGUCAUGUGACAAGAUUGACAGGGUUUGGAAGCAAUGCAAGUAUUGGCAAUCCAAGUCAUGAAAUAUCACCAGUAAAUGCAAUCAAUGGUAAAUUGGAAGGGGUAAUUGAAGAGUACCAGAACUGUUGGGAUGAUGCCAUAGAUAAGGAGUUUCCUGAUUAUGUACCCUAUGGCAUCACACUCCAUUUGCUGGGCUUUUUUGUGCCAUUUUCCAUAAUUGCUUACUGUUACUCUCACGUAGUUCUCACCAUAUUUAGGACAUUACAUUCUCAGCCCGCGUCCUGCAGAAAUCCAAUAGAUGAAUGCACGAAGAGAAGAGACAAGAACAGCUCAGCAGCUGUUGGAACAGGAAGAAGACGAAACAAUGGAUUACAGAAAAUAGUGGGAAGGGAUGAAGGAAUUUCCAUUUUUCUUGGCGCUCAAUCCCCAUAUGCCAGUCGAAGGCGUAAAUCCAUCAGAACUAUCAUUACCAUCACCCUGUUAUUUGCUCUGUGUUUCUUUCCCUUUCAUGUUACCAGAACCAUCUUUCUUUUGCUGAAAGUGACCAAGAGUGUUCCCUGUCACACUAUGACAACAGUCUCCAUGUGCUACAAGAUCACCAGGCCCUUGGCAUCCUUCAAUGCAUGGCUCAAUGCCCUCCUUUACUUUCUGACUAAAGAUAAAGGGGGAGCUCAGUGCUGCAAAGCAGUAAACACCACUACCCAACAGCAUGCUGUGCUGCUGUUGCCACUGAGAAUGAUGGGAAGAGGACAGGGUGAAGUGGACAGAGCGACAGAAGACAAGACUGACAAAAAGGAGAAUAAAGCAUUUCACAGUCCAUCAUCUGUGAACAGAGCAAAAGUUAAAUAUAUAGUUGAAUGA